GAGUAAACGUGGGGGUAGCCCGCCCUAGGCGUUCGCAGGAGCCUUAGCGUGUGUUUUCCGCCCUAUGCCGCCCUGCAGAGUCGGCGGGGACGGGUGAAAGGGGGGCGAACGACCCAGGAAUGAAAGUGGCGGGUGUUUAGCUACGUUUAGCUACGUGAUGCAGUUGGCUCACGAUUGGCAUAACGCGACGUGUUGUGUGACGAUAGUGGUGCAAAUCAUUUAAUCCCGGUCGGAGAGUUUUGAAAAUUGAAGUACUGUGAAUUCAUAACAAAUCGAUAUACGUGUUUAUACGAUACCGGAAAUUCUGUAUUUGCUAGUGUAUUGGUGUAGCUUCUACGCGGUUUCUGCGUGUGCAAAAUUCAUAGGGUUCGGCGUUAAAUUUUGUGCAUUUUAGUAAUUUUUUAUAUCUUUAAUAAUUUCAAUAAUUUUUUUACGAUUAAUAUACAAAUUUGCUAUUGUAAAAUAUUGUCAUCCAAGUUAAAACGUCUAUUUUUAUCCGGCGUUUUUUACAUCUUGCGUCGCGUGGACGGCGCGUGGAAAGCGCGAUGUUAGUCUGAUCAGCGCCGGGCGUUACUACUUGAAGGCGGUAUGGAGGGCGAUAAUAAUGGGCCAGUUCCUCUCGCUGGUGCUGUGUUUCAUGACGUUCGUAAAUCAUUACAUAAACACCGGUUCCUACAAGCUCUCGCUUCCAACAGGGCAGAAUGUUCCGCACUACGUAAUGAUGUGCUUAGUCUAUACCACGUGGAUGUCCUGCAGAGGUGUGGGAAACGGCCUAAUUUCCGUCAUACGAGCCCGUGGCUGGAGGUACUUGUUGUUAGCACUGAUCGACGUUGAGGCGUGCACGCUAAUUACAUCGUCGCAUCAAUACACCAGUCUUGCCAGCAUACAGCUUCUCGAUUGCGUGGCGAUACCGGUUGCCUUGGUACUCUCGUUUCUGGCAUUGGGCGUCAGAUACAGAAUGGUGCACAUUGUUGGCGUGUCCGUUUGCUUGAUGGGCGUGGGAUGCCUGGUUUGGGCUGGCAUAGACGACAAUAAUGAUCCCACGGCUACUGGAAAAAAUCAACUUGUCGGCGAUAUGCUUUGUCUCGGUGGCGCGGUGUUGUUCUCGAUAACGACGGUUCUGCAGGAAUUGGCCGUUAAAACGGUCGAUAUUAUCGAAUACCUCGGCAUGAUCGGGUUUUUCGGCACGAUACUGAGCUGCAUGCAAACCGCCGUGCUCCAGAGGUUUCAAAUAGAAGCGUUUCACUGGGACAACGUACCAGUAAUAACAAUUUUGAUUCUUUACUGCAUCACUCAAUUCAUGUUCUUCUCUCUGGUGCCGGUAAUAUUGUUCGAAUCGGGCGCUACCGCCCUGCAACUGGCGCUGCUCACUUCGGAUUCCUUCAACAUAUUGGCCGGAAUGCUUAAUCACCAUUAUAAGUUUCACGCGUUAUACUUCGUCUCGUACACGCUUACAAUGACCGGCAUAUACAUCUACGCCAUAAAGCGAACACCAAUGUCGUCGAACUCACGCAGGCAGCACAUCGAGCCACCGAUCCCGGAUUAUAGACACAUGUCCCACCCCGACGUCGGCGAGGUAGAGAUGGCCACGAGUUCCGGGAUGUCUGGUGUGAGUGGCACCUUGGACAUAAGAGCGUCUACCCUCGGCAGCGAAAGAGAGACAAUGGACGCGACAAGUCUACCGCUUAGCGUCAGCUCUGACACGGCCUUCACCUCCUUCUAUGGCAGUCAAGCAAACCUAAAGGUAGCAUCAAGAUCGAUGCCGCGUGUCUCGUCCAAUUCGUAUUUCGAUACGCGUACCGGCGCACCCUGAUAUAUGUCGGGAAUGAACUUGACGCGAGCGCAGGGUUCGCGUGAUAUUCCGAGGCAGAUGGAAUCCACGCGGUUGAAAGUUAUCUCGAAAUCUACCCAUUUUCGAUAAAGCGACUUCGCGUCGCGUUAUGAGAAUCGACGGUUUUGCAUCACGGUGAUUCUUCGAAAUCUGAUAGAUUCAUUUUACAAAAAUAAUCUUGAGACAUGAAGAUCGUAUAACGGCGUAUAAUGUUAUUGAUUCGUACGAAGGCAAUAAAAUCAAACGACAAAUAAAAUUAAUAAAUGUUAAUAGGUUUUAAAUAUUGUUAUAUAUUUAAAUACACACUGAAAAGAAAGUAUUUGGUAGUAAUAAUCAAGCUUUGGUGAAAUAAUUUUAAUUAAACUUUUAGUUAAUAUAAAUAUUUAAUAAUAUUUACAGUAAUUAACAAUAAUCAAACAUAAUAACAGUAAGUAAUCAGUUACUAAACAAUUACCAAAUGAUUAUUAAAUAUUACUCACUAUUUGGUCCUAUUAACUAAACAUUUAAUUAAAAUUAUUCAAUUCAAUAUUUCAAAGCUGAGUAAUUAUCAUCUAGAAUUUGUUGUUAUUACCAAACUUUUUUUCCAGUGCAACUUUGGUGCUCUGUAUUGAUUACCCGCAUGAAUAAGAAGAGAAUUUUUCAAUUCGCGGUGAUCUGUUUGCCUCCGAUAGCGAAUGAUCUCUAUGUACUUCUUUAUCUGUUAAUCGAGGUGUAAAUGAAAUCUGUGACGGUUUCAGGCUGCGAACGGGAACAGUGGUUCUGCCUAUAAUUAAUAAGCGGAAGAAAACGACUGCCUAGAGUAGAAUACCGUGCGAUUCAUUCGUUCGAAAUGUGAACUUCUUGACUUCUUGAAACGGGGCCCUUAAAAAGCACGAAAGAAUGUUUGUAUAUCAACACCAUAAUUACGAGUGUUAGCACACAGUCUAAAGACUUCUUUUAGAUAUCUGUGUAAAAUUAUUAUUGCACAGUGUUAACUGUACUUAAUGAUAAAACAAUAAUCGGGCCGUCUUUGAGCUGUAAUUCGAUGAUGUAGUUAGAUGUUAUUUAAUAAACGGGAAUUUUUUUACAUUAUAUAAUUUAUAUAAUGUAAAAAUGCUAUUAGGAUUAUUUAAUUAUAAUUAAGUUGUAUAGUAACUUUUAUAAUAUUACAAUAUAUUCAAAAUAUAUUGUAAUAAUUUUAGUCAUUACAAUUACGUUAAACUUCAGCCUUUGUACUCGAUGAAAUAAAUUUAGGUAGCAUAACAAGUAAUUUGAUAACGAAAAUAAUUUUAACUUAUAGUAUAAAGAUUAUUUUCCUAUUUUAAUUGAAUAUUUCGAUAUGCAUAUAAUAACGUUAUGUACAUAACUGAUGAUUAAUCUUUAAGAGUAGUAUUAAAUUUUUGUAUCAAUCGUACGUUCGCGUAUUCAAUUAAGAGAUCGAAAAAAAAACUUAAGGACGGCCAUCAAAAUCAAAAUAUAUACCGAUUUAGAUAUCGAUAUUCCUUCUAAUCAAAAACAUUCCUAGUAUAUUGUUUAUAAAGAUGUCAACUAAUUCUGUAAGAAUGAAACGUGCCAAAUGUCGAAGUCUAUCACAUAGAUCGUAGAACUAGGAGAAUACGAAUGUAAAACAUGUACUCGUUUUAUGUACAUCGUGUACUCAUUUUCACUUAAAUUUUUUAUAUUAACACGAAUUACCUUCGUGGACGUUUGUUAUGACUAUUACGAUCGAUAUACUGUAGUAUAUAUACAGAUAUUUAUAAGUUACGCUGAGAUAACGAAGGUUGAUCGAGAUAGAAGAGACCUUUACAUAAUUCAAUCUAACGAACUCGAUCGACCUAAUUAAUACGGUCAAUGUAAGUCGACUACGUAAUUAUGGUACGCUAUUCUAUUCUUCUAUUACAAUAGAGUACGAUCAGCAAUGAACAAACAUCAUCACCAGUGCGGACUAUACUUAUUUGCAUUCCAUUAUUGUGCACAUAAUAUCAAAGUAUAAUAGCGACUAAAUCUGUGACCUAUAUUCUCGCCAACAAGCCACCCUUUUAGUUAAGGUAACUUAAAUGCAAUGGAAUUAUAGAACUGUUUGCAGGAUGACCAGAAAAUCUAAACUCGACACUACUCUGACCUUGUUGUUACAUCAUACUAAUUCAUAUUAUUAUACAAUUAUUCAAUAAAUUAAUCUUACAUAAUUAACGUUAAAAAUA